AUGGACCUCUUCCACGACAUUUGGUACUUUGCUUACGGGUCCAACAUGAAGACGAGCGUCAUGACGUCCCGCGGACUCGGAAUCUUGGAACACAUUCCCGUCAGAGCGCCAUCCUAUAUGCUCACCUUUGAUAUUUACGGGAUACCGUACAGCGAGCCAUCAAUGGCAAGCAUCUGCCAGUAUCGUCGUGGAGGUGGAGAUGGUAACGGUGGCCAAGACGCGGCGUAUACCUGCCCGCCAGACGUCCACGGUGUCGCAUACAGGUUGAACGCAGAGGGCUAUGCUCGUCUGAUCGCGAGCGAAGGCGGUGGCGUAGGAUACCGCGAGUUGCAAAUUCAGGGCGUGCCGGUUGGCAGCGAAUCGACGUCCAUCCAAAUGUGGACUCUUGUGGCUCUACAUCCAAAGCGGCCGAACGCUGCUCCGAGUCUACGAUACCUGCGUCUCAUACAAGAGGGAGCGGCAGAGCAUGCUCUGCCACAGCCGUACCAAGAGUACCUCCGCACGAUCCCAUACUAUACGGCUAGCGAUAGUUGGAUUUCGCGACUCGGCGCGAGGAUUUUCUUGAGUGUCGCACGCAAACAAGUGCGUGUUCUCGCCUAUGCCGUCCGAUCCUCGGUCGAUGUCUCCGGUAGAUCUCGGAAAGUAUGGCGUACUGUCGCAUAUGUGGUCUUCCAUGCGAUGUGGUGCGUCCAUGACUGGGCGUUCAAGCCCAUUUUUGGGUCUGGAAGUGGAUUGGAAGUAGAUUACGGCUCGUCGACGUUGCUUGUCUGGAGAAACGGCGAAUGGUCAUGA